AAAAAUAUUCCUUGUUGAUACUGAUGAUAGUUUUAAUAACUUCUUCGAGUUUGAGGAUUUGAAAGACCAACUUCUGCUUGCUGCUGAGUCCGCAAAAAUUGGAGACAUUCCCUUUUCUUUCAACCUGAAGCAUACGGACGACGUUAUGAAUUUACAAAAAGAAUUCUUGGAGAGAAGAAUAAAAGAAAAAGGGCUUCUAGCUUCGACAGCUAAAACCAUUGAUGAGAGAAAGGAGAUCCUAAAACGAGAAAUCUUGUCCCAGCAGGAGGUUUUUGGAAUUGAUAAAAGCAGUUUGGCCGAAUACCAAACUGAGUAUGAUUUGCCCAAAGGUUUGAUUGGAGAUUUUACUAUUGAAUUUGACAAACGAUAUGGCAGUUCUGGGGGAAAUGUAAUACGUUUUGACAAAGUCGACGAUAGCCGACGUACUCGCAGCGUUUCUACGUAUUUUCGGCGGGCUUCUGAUUUUGUCUUGGAAGUUAAAGGUAGUAAAGGGGCGACUUAUGUUUGUAAACAAUGCAUAAAGAUUCUUGAAGAUAGUUUGCAGAUGAUAUAUAGCUUACGUGAAAAAUUAAAUAAAGAAGUAAUGUCACACCUUGUGACAAAGAAACGAAAUGACAGAGAAUCAGAAAUGUUGGGAACAAACAUUCGCAGACAAACUAAGACAAAACUUAAAGUACAUCGACAGUAAGUCUGAAACGUUGAUUUUGCCCGCGAAAACUUCGGACUCUCGAAAACAUAUAAAUUAACAGUACCAGGAGAAAUCAAUCGGACCAUCAUUGAUAUAGUGUCUUUUUUCGAAAUAAAACUUUUUUAAUUACCUAAA